UGUGAAGCCUUGAGCAUGAGCCCCACACAGUGGGAUUUUCCUGUGGAAUUAUGUUGUCGACCUAUGGCUUUUGUUACUCUUACGGGCCUGGAUGUAGUUUAUAAUGCUGUUCAUCGAGCUGUUUGGGAUGCUUUCUGUGCCAAUCGAAGAGCUGAUCGGGUACCAAUUUCUUUCAAAGUGCUCCCAGGUGACCAUGAAUAUCCCAAAUGCAGACCCAAGAGAACUUCUUAUGAAUGGUACAUUCCUAAAGGGAUCUUAAAGACUGGCUGGAUGAAUAAACACCUGAAUCUGGUGCCGGCCCUUGUGGUUGUAUUCUAUGAACUAGACUGGGAUGAGCCUCAGUGGAAAGAAAAGCAGUCUGAGUGUGCUACCAGAGUGGAAAUAGUCAGGCAGAGUUUACAAGGGAGAAACACAAAAGUUGCAGUUGUUCUGAUUCAGAAGAAAACCCCAUUGCCCCCAGGAGAAGAUGUCAUUGCUUCAGAAAGGGCUGCAGCUUUAUGUAAUGCUUGUGAACUGUCAGGAAAGUCUUUGUUUGUAUUGCCCCACACUGACCACCUGGUGGGUUAUAUUAUAAGAUUAGAAAAUGCCUUUUAUGAACAUGCACAGACUUACUACUACACUGAGAUCAGAAGAGUGAAAUCCCAUAAGGAAUUUUUGAAUAAAACAACACACCAGCUUUUAUUUGUUAGACAUCAGUUCAAAAUAGCUUUCUUCAGUGAGUUAAAACAAGAUACACAAAAUGCUUUGAAGAAUUAUAGGACUGCCUAUAAUCUUAUACAUGAAUUGAGAGCCCAUGAAACUAAUAUUCUGGAAAUUAAGACUAUGGCAGGAUUUAUAAACUACAAGAUCUGUAGGCUGUGUUUUCAGCAUAACACCCCACUGGAUGCAAUUGCUCAGUUCCGAAAACACAUUGACUUGUGUAAGAAAAAAAUUGGAAGUGCGGAGUUGUCUUUUGAGCAUGCUGCAUGGAUGUCUAAACAAUUCCAGGCCUUUGGAGAUUUAUUUGAUGAAGCUAUUAAAUUAGGAUUGACAGCCAUUCAAACUCAGAAUCCUGGUUUCUAUUAUCAGCAGGCAGCAUACUAUGCCCAGGAACGGAAACAGCUUGCCAAAACCCUCUGUAACCAUGAAGCUUCUGUAAUAUAUCCCAAUCCUGAUCCCUUACAAACACAAACAGGUGUGCUUGACUUUUAUGGACAGAGAUCAUGGAGGCAAGGAGUACUAAGUUUUGAUCUUUCUGACCCUGAAAAAGAGAAGGUGGGAGUUCUUGCCAUUCAGCUGAAGGAAAGAAGUGUUGUUCACUCUGAAAUAAUAAUAACUCUUCUGAGUAAUGCCGUUGCCCAAUUUAAGAAGUAUAAGUGUCCAAGAAUGAAAAGUCAUCUGAUGGUUCAAAUGGGAGAGGAAUAUUAUUAUGCAAAGGAUUAUACCAAAGCUUUGAAGCUGCUAGAUUAUGUGAUGUGUGAUUAUCGGACUGAAGGAUGGUGGACUCUACUCACAUCUAUAUUGACAACAGCUCUGAAGUGUUCCUACCUCAUGGCCCAAUUAAAGGAUUACAUUACAUACUCCCUAGAGCUCCUUGGAAGAGCUUCAACUCUAAAAGAUGAGCAGAAAUCUAGAAUAGAAAAGAACCUCAUAAAUGUUUUAAUGAAUGAAAGUCCAGAACCUGAACCUGACUGUGAUAUCUUAGCUGUGAAAACUGCUCAGAAGCUGUGGGCGGACCGUGUUUCUUUAGCUGGCAGCAGCGUUUUCACAAUAGGAGUACAGGACUUUGUGCCAUUUGUACAAUGCAAAGCCAAGUUUCAUGCCCCAAGUUUUCAUGUUGAUGUUCCUGUUCAGUUUGAUAUUCACCUGAAGGCUGAUUGUCCACAUCCUAUUAGGUUUUCCAAGCUCUGUGUCAGCUUUAAUAAUCAGGAAUACAACCAGUUCUGUGUAAUAGAAGAACCAUCCAAAGCAAGUGAAAUUUUAGAAAAUUUGACUCAGGAAAAAAUGUGCUUAGUUCCUGGUAAAACAAGAAAAUUUUUAUUUAAAUUUGUUGCAAAAACGGAAGAUGUGGGAAAGAAGAUUGAGAUUACUUCAGUGGAUCUGAUUCUAGGCAAUGAGACAGGAAGAUGUGUAGUAUUAAAUUGGCAGGGAGGAGGAGGAGAUGCUGCUUCCUCCCAGGAAGCCUUACAGGCAUCACGUUCUUUCAAAAGACGGCCUAAGCUACCUGACAACGAGGUUCACUGGGACAGCAUCAUCAUUCAGGCAAGCACUAUGAUCAUAUCCAGAGUUCCAAACAUUUCUGUGCAUCUGCUACAUGAGCCUCCUGCCCUGACUAAUGAAAUGUAUUGCCUGGUUGUGACUGUUGAGUCCCAUGAAAAGACCCAAAUCAGAGAUGUGAAGCUCACUGCUGGUUUAAAACCAGGACAGGAUGCCAAUUUAACUCAGAAAACUCAUGUGACUCUUCAUGGAACAGAACUGUGUGAUGAGACUUGCCCUGCUUUACUCACUGACAUCCCUGUUGGAGAUUUACAACCGGGGCAACAGCUAGAAAAAAUGUUGUAUGUUCGUUGUGGAACAGUGGGUUCAAGAAUGUUUCUUGUCUAUGUUUCUUAUCUGAUCAAUUCAACUGUUGAAGAAAAAGAGAUUGUUUGCAAGUGUCACAAGGAUGAAACUGUAACAAUAGAAACGGUCUUCCCAUUUGAUGUUGCAGUUAAAUUUGUUUCUACAAAGUUUGAGCACCUAGAAAGGGUCUAUGCUGACAUCCCCUUUCUGUUGAUGACAGACAUCUUAAGUGCCUCUCCUUGGGCCCUCACUAUUGUUCACAGUGAGCUACAGCUUGCUCCUUCCAUGACCUCCGUGGAUCAGCUAGAGUCCCAGGUGGACAGAGUUGUCUUACAGACUGGAGAGGGUGCUAGUGAAUGCUUUUGUCUUCAGUGUCCUUCAGUUGGAAAUGUUGAAGGUGGUGUUGCAACUGGGCGUUACAUUAUCUCCUGGAAGAGAACUUCAGCCAUGGGAAGUGUCCCUGUCAUCAGCACCGUCAUUACUCUGCCACAUGUGAUUGUAGAAAAUAUCCCUCUCCAUGUGAAUGCAGAUCUACCAUCAUUUGGGCGUGUCAGAGAGUCGUUACCUGUCAAGUACCACCUACAGAAUAAGACUACCUUAGUGCAAGAUGUGGAAAUUUCUGUGGAACCCAGUGAUGCCUUCAUGUUCUCAGGUCUUAAACAGAUUCGAUUACGUAUCCUGCCUGGCACUGAACAGGAAAUGUUAUAUAAUUUCUAUCCUCUAAUGGCCGGAUACCAACAGCUGCCGUCUCUCAACAUCAACUUGCUUAGAUUUCCUAACUUCACUAAUCAACUACUGAGGCGCUUUAUACCUACCAGUAUUUUUGUAAAGCCACAGGGUCGGCUUGUAGAUGAGAACUCAAUUGCUGCUGCAUAAUGUUCAAGACUGGCC